CUCAGGGAAAUUUGGCCUGCCUGCCUUUGCCACGGCAUAAUUCCAUUGCUGAUAACCGCUGGAUUCAUUAUUCCAUUCCCCACGGGUUCUUGCAGUGACGGCAAGUGUCCCGUCUCAUUCUACUUCACUAUUGGAAGGAACAUGGUAGAUGGGCAUACCCUGCUUGAUCACGUGUUUUCAACUGUCUCUGUGACCAGAGUGAUCGAUUGUUUCAGCGCAUGUCAAACCAACUGUCGUUGUAUUUCGUUCAACUUCCUGACACAUUCCAACCAAGAUAACUGUCAACUGAAUGAAGAAAACCGAUAUCUGAAGCCUGGUGCUUUAAUUCCUAUGGAAGGCUCUCAGUACUACGACCUUGGUAUCAUAUAUCAUGCGGAGGUAAAAUCAAAAUUACUCCUCAAAAUCAUUCAAAUUAUCAUGAUUUUGUGCAUGAAAAUCACAUUUGUGCACGUAUGACACCAAAAUUUACCAAACCAAACGUUCAUUUGAACGAUUAAGACUUCUUCCUCAUCAUCAUCAUCAUCAUCAUCAUCAUCAUCAUUAAUGUGUCUUGAAUAUCUAGCCGAUGGGGUUCAAAACCCCUCUACUAAUAGGGGACACUUAACAUAGCUAAUAACCUACUUACUAUUUUCUGAUGAAAUAUUAAAAAAAACCUAAUCAGAGGAUUUCAACUGUAUCUCAAUCAAAUUAACUUAAAUAUCCCCGCCCGAGGCUCUGUCUUAUUCUAAUGAUCCCCCUCAUGUGCAGUUAAUUUUUUACUAAUAGGGACACUUAACAUAGCUAAUAACCUACUUACUAUUUUCUGAUGAAAUAUUAAAAAACCUAAUCAGCAGUCCCCCCCUCAUGUGCAGUUAAUUUUUUGCAGUCCCCCUUUUAUACUCUGUUAAUGACAACUGAUCCCCUCUCCGUUCCCCCCAUAAAUAGUGACCCAUCCCCCUUACCUUCCAGGUAUGUACCCAGUGUUUCAACAGAUGCUGCAUGGCUCAGCCGUGUUUUAAUGAAGGAACAUGUCAAGAAAAUUGUCACGAGACUGGAAGACGAUUCUUGUGUCAUUGUCCUGCACGUUUUAUUGGCAAUGUAUGUGAGAAAGGUAUGUUACUAACAUAGUUGAAUAUAACAUCAUAGGGUCGGUUCCUGCCCAAAGUCAAACCCAAACCACGGUUAUAGGCAAUCAAGGGGCUUCAGGCUUUCUCCAUAAGAGGGUCGAUUUAAUUAUAUAGAUUUCCUUCCGCUGUUAGUUGGCGGGCCCACUAGACACUGUUCACCAAAAAAAACGAAUGUCCACAUAAGAGAUUCAGCUAAAUUAAAGAUUGUUUAGGACACGGUUUUGUAAAAUAACGGCUAAAUUCUGUUUACUCAGUCAGUAAUCAGAUCAUAGUGUUUCACUGAGAGGAUUAAGCCAGUUACUGAAGGAAUCGUCAAUUCAAAUCUCAAGACUGAAAGAAAAGUGGGAUAAAUAUAUAAAACGAGUGAAAAGGGAGAGAAUAACAGUAAAAAAUCUGAACAAUAUGCAAGGAAGAACAGUUACUAGAAACUUGCGGGGUGGAAAAGACGUAUCUAAUCCCAGUUCCGCAUUGAGUAUUUACUGAUUACCUCGCAAACAUUUUGGUGUUACAAUCACCGAUUCAUUAUGUUUCCUUACAGUAUUAAACGCUACUUUGACGCCUAAUCUAUUUAAUUAAGACUGUCAGGAUGCCCUGGGUAUGGAAAGCGGUGAUAUUUCUGAUUCACAACUCAGUGCCUCUACAGAACUGGUUCCAGAAAAAGGAGCAAAGCACAGCAGGCUACAAUCCAAGUGGAAUGGAGUAUCUGGGGGAGGCUGGAUAGCUAAAAUAUCUGACACCAACCAAUGGCUACAAAUCGAUCUACUGGAUCAGCACUCUUAUGUUGUAACAAAGAUAGCUACACAGGGUAGAAAUUAUUAUCAUAAUCGCACGGUGACCAAAUAUAAACUUCAGUACAGUGACGAUGGAGUUACCUUCCUCUAUUACAGAGAAGAAGGGCAAGUUACUGACAAGGUAUGAGUUAGUAAAGCAGCAGCAGACUUAUCUAAUCUCAUAAAAAUACAGUUGUAAGUCUUCUAACUUAGCAUGAUUUUAAAUACAACCAGGUAUACUAUCAAAUAGUUUUUUUUUUUACCAUGAGUGGUUUUAAAGAAUUUCUUUAACCCAGUUACUUAGUAAAGAAUCAUAGCCGAGUAGCUUAAGUUAAAUAACAAGAAAAGACAAGUUUUCUUUUCCACGAAUAUUUCUCUUCCAAACAACAGGUUUUUCCUGGAAACACAGACAGGGAUACUGUAGUGUCACAUGAACUAAUUCCACCAAUCAGAGCACGCUAUAUUCGUUUUCGACCAAUAGAGUGGUCUGGCCUCAUAGGAAUGAGGGUGGAGCUCUACGGCUGUCGCGGUAACGUAUUACUGUACAGUAUUUAA